AUGGAAUACAGGAACAAUGUGACUGAGUUUGUGCUCUUGGGGCUCACUCAGAGCCUCCAGGGUCAGAAAGUAUUAUUUGCAGUGUUCUUGCUGAUCUACGUGGUGACAAUGGCAGGCAACCUACUCAUUGUCAUGACUGUGAUGCUCAGCCCAGCCUUGGAUGCCCCAAUGUACUUCUUUCUUGGCCACUUAUCAUUUAUGGAUGCUGUUUAUUCUAACACAGUUACCCCACACAUAAUGAUAGACUUACUCCAUGAGAAGAAAACCAUUUCCUUUGAAGGUUGUAUGACUCAGCUCUUUUUAGAACAUUUAUUUGGUGGUGCAGAGAUUUUGCUCCUGGUUGCCAUGGCCUAUGACCGCUAUGUGGCCAUCUGCAAACCACUGCAUUACCUGACCAUCAUGAACCAACGUGUGUGUGUGCUGCUAUUGCUGCUGGCCUGGGUUGGGGGUUUUGUGCAUGCUGUACUUCACAUUCUUUUUGUUUACAAUCUUCCUUUUUGUGGCCCCAAUGUCAUCGACCACUUCCUCUGUGACAUGUACCCCUUACUGAAACUCGCCUGCACGGACACCUACAUUAUUGGCCUGACAGUGGUGGCCAAUGACGGUGCAAUCUGUGUGGUCAUCUUUUCCCUUUUGCUCUUCUCCUACGGAAUCAUUCUGCACUCCCUGAGGAACCUGAGUCAGGAAGGGAGGCGCAAGGCCUUGUCCACCUGUGGCUCCCACAUCACCGUGGUGGUUCUCUUCUUUGUUCCUUGCAUUUUCAUGUAUGUGAGACCUCCCUGUACCUUGCCCACUGAUAAAUCCUUGACUGUGUUUUACACUGUUAUGACCCCAAUGUUGAACCCCCUCAUCUAUACUCUGAGAAAUGUAGACAUGAAAAAUGCCAUGAAGAAACUUGAUCAGAAACCUGUCUUGUCUCCAUCUCUCGUGUCCCCUGUCCUUUGUCAUUCUCACUCCCCCUCUAGGGUCUCCGUUGACUUACCCGCGGGAUGGGACAGCAUCCAAGAAAUUUUGAAGGAAGGCCGGGCAGGAGUGCAUUUGCACAGCGACCCAGAGCAUCGUAGUCUGCAGGUGAAUGGCAGCAUCCUAUCAUAUGUUUUUUGGUCACGUGGAUAUACUUUUGCUUUCAUUGUCUGGUUAAGCCAUCUGUCCACUUUGCUAUAAUUUUGUUCUGAGCAGUGAUAAGAGGACAUGCAGAAGGACAUAUGGAACAAAGGAACAAUGUGACUGAGUUCAUGCUCUUG